CUCCAGACUAGACCACCUGUAGCAGCCUGGAGGAAGACACGGCCUCUGGAAGCACCGUUAUUUUCUACGUUACACCGGCGGGACGCGGCACUUCUUCACCGGGUGGCCCUUUUCAGAAGAACCGUUUAACGACACCAGAAACAUGUUACUCAGAUAUCUACCUCUCCUGUUUCUCUGCGGGGCUCUCUUCAAAGGAGUGACAGCAGAGAAUACCACAAGUAAUGCUACAGCAGCUACAGAGGCAGCUAGAUCUGUGACAGUUUCCACCAACCCCACAGAGAUCACCACCACAGUUGUUGGUGACACAACUCACUCUGCUUUACCAACCGCUGCUUCAACAACGCCCACUGCAAAUCCACAGACAAGUCAUACCACCAGUUCUAGUGAGACUACAACUCCAGGCACCACACCUGCUCCAGAGCAAAAUACCAUCAACACAAGUCCAGCAGUCACGAGCACAACAAUUCCACCAACCACACACACCACCACUAACGCAACAACUCCAGCAGUCACAAGCACAACAAUUCUGCCAACCGCAAACAACGCAACUAGUCCAACAGUCAUGAGCACAACAAUUCAACCAACCACACACACCACCACUAACGCAACAACUCCAGCAGUCACAAGCACAACAAUUUUGCCAACCGCAAACAACGCAACCAACGCAACUAGUCCAACAGUCAUGAGCACAACAAUUCCACCAACUGCAACCAACACAACCAACACAACAAGUCCAACAGUCAUGAGCACAACAAUUCCACCAACCGUAAGCAACGCAACCAACGCAACAAUUCCAGCAGUCACGAGCACAACAAUUCCACCAACUGCAACCAACACAACCAACACAACAAGUCCAACAGUCACGAGCACAAUUCCACCAACCGUAACCAACGCAACCAACGCAACAAGUCCAACAGUCAUGAGCACAACAAUUCCACCAACCGUAACCAACGCAACAAGUCCAACAGUCAUGAGCACAACAAUUCCACCAACCGUAAGCAACGCAACCAACGCAACAAGUCCAACAGUCAUGAGCACAACAGUUCCACCAACCGUAACCAACGCAACAAGUCCAACAGUCAUGAGCACAACAAUUCCACCAACCGUAACCAACGCAACCAACGCAACAAGUCCAACAGUCAUGAGCACAACAGUUCCACCAACCGUAACCAACGCAACAAGUCCAACAGUCAUGAGCACAACAGUUCCACCAACCGUAACCAACGCAACCAACGCAACAAGUCCAACAGUCAUGAGCACAACAGUUCCGCCAACCGUAACCAACGCAACCAACGCAACAAGUCCAACAGUCAUGAGCACAACAAUUCCACCAACCGUAACCAACGCAACCAACGCAACAAGUCCAACAGUCAUGAGCACAACAAUUCCGCCAACCGUAACCAACGCAACCAACGCAACAAGUCCAACAGUCAUGAGCACAACAAUUCCGCCAACCGUAACCAACGCAACCAACGCAACAAGUCCAACAGUCAUGAGCACAACAAUUCCGCCAACCGUAACCAACGCAACCAACGCAACAAGUCCAACAGUCAUGAGCACAACAAUUCCGCCAACCGUAACCAACGCAACCAACGCAACAAGUCCAACAGUCAUGAGCACAACAAUUCCGCCAACCGUAACCAACGCAACCAACGCAACCAACGCAACAAGUCCAACAGUCAUGAGCACAACAAUUCCGCCAACCGCAACCAACGCAACCAACGCAACAAGUCCAACAGUCAUGAGCACAACAAUUCCGCCAACCGCAACCAACGCAACAAGUCCAACAGUCAUGAGCACAACAAUUCCACCAACCGUAACCAACGCAACCAACGCAACAAGUCCAACAGUCAUGAGCACAACAGUUCCACCAACCGUAACCAACGCAACCAACGCAACAAGUCCAACAGUCAUGAGCACAACAAUUCCACCAACCGUAACCAACGCAACCAACGCAACAAGUCCAACAGUCAUGAGCACAACAAUUCCACCAACCGUAACCAACGCAACCAACGCAACAAGUCCAACAGUCAUGAGCACAACAAUUCCACCAACCGUAACCACUGGAAAUACCAACACCACCCUUAGUCCCUCAACAACAACCUCAGGAGUGACUGGCCACACUACAACUCAUCUGACUACUGGAAAUACUACAGCUUCACUUACCACCAACGUCACUCCAACCUCCAACACCACCACCCCUACCAGCCCUACUGCUACUACCAUCAGCACCAUCAGCACCUCAGCUCCAGUUAUAGAGUGUCCUACCAUUCAAUGUCCAUUUGAAAGUGUCUGUCUUAACGGCACCUGCCAGUGUCUCUCUGGUAGCUUCCUGGUGAAUGAUCGCUGUGAACGUGCCCAAGUGUUCCCCGGCCAGCUUCAUCUCUUAUCCUUAGAAUUUAAAAAUGAAAUGCUCAACAGGUCCUCGAACAUAUUCAAGGAGACAGCGGCUAAUAUCUCAGCAGCGCUCAGAGCGAUCCUUCGAAGUCAGCCGGGGUAUAUACGGUCUGAUGUCGUGCGCCUUGAACGAGGAAGCGUGCAGGCAACUGUGAAUAACAUAUUCCAAAACACCAAUGUCUCUGAAGAAGUUGUUAAGAAGUCCAUUGACAAUGCUAUUUCCAACUCUUCAGAAGGUUUACUGGCUGACGCUACAUUUGUUGCUACAAACCUCUGCGAGCAGGAUCCAGUACCUUGUGAACCCUCCACUUCAAACUGUGCAAAUAAAGAUGGCCGCGCUCAUUGUACCUGUAAAGAGGGCUUCAUCUCUUUUUUGUACUCAAACACCAGCUGUAUAGCGUGUCCAAGUGGGCAGAUGGCAGUGAAUAAUGAGUGUAAACCGUGUGCGUUUGGAUAUUCCGGCUUCAACUGCAGUGACUCAUCCCUGCUGGCAGUUGUGGUCAUAUCCUGUGUUCUAGGAGGAAUAUUGCUCAUCCUUGUCCUGUCUCUGUUGAUAUACUGCUGCUGGAGGAAUAGGUCAGAGAACAAGGCCGACAUCAGCAGCAGUCCGUACUCAUCAGGUGCCUUAAACCAGCCCUGGCCCAUUGGCAUCAGUCGCAUCCCUCGAGCCACCACCAAGUGGGAUUCACCUCAGUCCUUAGAGUUGACAGAAGGGAGCAGCACUCAUAACCUGGUGAACAAAAAGCAGAACGGCAACGGAUUGGGUUUUCACAUAAAGGAGAAAAGUUGGAAAAAGUCAGCAUCGUACAGUCUAAACCCAGAGGGAAUGGAGACCUUCAAAGGUAAAAAUGCAUCCCGUUAUUCAUAUCUGGUUCAAGGCCAUGAGAAUCCUUACUACUUACCAGGAGACGAGAAGAAAAACUGAAAAACAUCAAGAAAGGACAAACAAGGGAUCAAAAGGACGUUGAACUAUGGGACAACAGGCACAAUUCAUUUUCUGAGCAGCAUGAGGUUAUUUUUAAAGAUACAUUACUUACACUCUGAGCUUUCUUGGUUUAGAUAUGAAUCACAAAGGACACUCACUACAACCAAAAAAGAUUGUGACCAUUAGAUGUCGCUGUUGCUCAGUGAUGUUUUUUAGGGGUACAUUUGACUUUUUUUCUCUUUUUUAUGCUGUAAAGAAAUCACUCUUUAGGCUUUGAAAAUGAAGGUUCUCGUGUUUAAUUGCACUAAAGUGUACGUAACAUUUACCACAUGUUUCAAUCAAAGGUAAAUUGUUUAAUUGAAUAUGGCCUUUCUGGGUAAGGGUAAGGGUGUGAUUAUUAUUCUUUUUUUUUUUUUCAAGAAAAUCUUAUCUUAAAUUACUAACGGGGCUGGAUCCCUUGUUAUCUUUAAAGGGAUUUAUGUUGCAGCAGUCUAAAUCUCUAUUUGUUGAACUUGCAAAAUGUGCCUGUUUUUAUUGUUUAAUUCACAAAUAGGAAACAUUAUGCAAAGCGAAUGAAAAAGCCUGUCUCUGAGAUGUGCCAUUUAUCGCUUAUAUACAUUUCUUUUUUCUCUGUAUAUAUUUAUCCAUGUGUGUUUGAGACUGUUUUAUAUGUGUGUGAGAUUUUUGUAAAUAAUUGAAGAUCCUUUUGCAGAGAAUGUGUAUGGAAAUAAAUUUAUUUAAACACAA